AUGGGAAAUGAGCGUAUGCAGUCGGAGUUGCCUGAUAACUUUGGAGAGGUUGUUAAAGGUGUCUACCGUUCGGCUUUUCCGCAGUCACGGAGCUUUCCUGCGCUCAAAAAGCUCGGCCUUCGGACUAUAGUCACUUUGGUAGACGAGCCUUAUACUUCAGAGCACAUAGAUUUCUUGAAGGAGAAUGGGAUCAUGCAUCUCCGUAUCCUUGUCGAACCCAACAAGGACCCUGCAAUCAGGUCUCCGGACUACGUCAUUUGUCAGGUGCUGGAAGUAUUACUUAAUAAAGCUAAUCAUCCUGUCCUUAUCCACUGCAACAAAGGAAAGCAUCGUACCGGCUGUGUGAUUGCCUCCUUUCGCAAAAUCCAAGGCUGGCGCAUGGAAGAUGUCCUUGCGGAAUACCAGACAUAUUCAUUCCCUAAGUCAAGGCCGCUGGAUCAAAAGUUCAUCAUGGCAUUUGAUGCCUCCCAGCUCUCCAGCCUGGCACAAAUCUCUAAUGUGAAGAUGUGGCAGUCCGCCAGCCAGUCGAAGAGCUUGUGCGAGGAGAAUUCUAAGGAUCAGGUCACAUCUUCAAAUCGACAUCUACCUUCUCUGGGCAAGAUACGUGUGACUUGA